GCGACACACAGCCGUACUGCUUCAUCAAAUGAGGAUACCACGUCGUUUAUGUUGCACAUCACGGUUACUAUGACAGUUUAUCUUUUUUUAUCAUAUACCCAGUGCCAUUGUUUCAUCCGUCCAGUGUUUACAGUGUUUGUAGCUCCGUGUCUCCUCUUGGUUUGAUCGGUAACGAGCCGUUAGUGUCGUCUAACUCUGCAAGCAGGAUCUGUUUUUUUCAUCACAGAUGCUCGGAUUCACAGGAUUCGUUUGUUUUAUUGGGUUUCCCUCCCGUCUAGUGGACAGGCAUGAUGGACUCUUCUAAAGCCGCUGUCCAGGUUUUAGCCAGCAGCAACAUCUCAUGCACAGUGCUGCAUCAACAAGCAUCUCUGCCGCCGCCCGACCACCGGGUCCCCCUGCCGGCGCCCCGGUGUCCGCCCGUCCUUCGACGUCUCUUGUGACAUGACUUGGGGCAGAAAAAGGACGUUCAAAGGUUACGGCAGGAGCGGAGACGGGUCAGAUCCUCGCGCAGAGGGGUGAGACUGGCAGUCUGGACUGUUUGAACGGUGAUUCAAAUAUACUUGGGUCCAACAUUUAGCAUUAAUUCGCGCAGGGCAGUCGGUUUCCCCUCUGGCUCGCAGACUCCAGAGAGGUCAGAGCAAGGGGUCAGCUACAGGGAAGUGGCCCUGGAGCCGGCUGAUGUAGAGGGACUGAAUUCGGAGCCUGGCCUCACUGGACACCUUCCGCUGAACCCUCUUCAAGCAGUACUGUAAUUCUGAUCUGGACCUUCAGUGUGGUGGUUCCCACCUCUGCCUCACAGAACCAUCUGAUGCACGGCAUAAUAGUGUUGAUACUGGUCGAAUCCCAGUCAGCUGUGAGAUUCCCAAGGCCCGCCAGGUUCACUUGGCUGCUCCUGACCAUCACCCUCUCCUGCACAGCCAUGGGCUGCAUCCAGAGUAUAGCCUGUAACAAGUCGCGCAUUAAACGGGAAAACAUCGUAGUGUACGACCUGUCUGCCACCAUAGACCAGUGCCCGACUGUCAUUGAGGAGAAUUCGCCCAUUGUCCUUCGAUACAAGACGCCCUAUUUCAAAGCCUCUGCGAGAAUUGUUAUGCCCCCCAUUCCGCGGAACGAGACAUGGGUGGUGGGAUGGAUCCAGGCGUGCACCCAGAUGGAAUUUUACAACACUUAUGGAGAUAUUGGAAUGUCAAGCUGGGAGCUGCCUCAGCUGCGGGAAGGUCUGGUGAGGGCCAUCAGUGACUCAGACGGCAUCAGCUACCCCUGGUAUGGAAACACAACAGAAACUGUUACCAUAGUUGGCCCCACUUCCAAGCCGUCCCGCUUCAUUGUCAGCAUGAAUGACAACUUUUACCCCAGUGUCACCUGGGCUGUGCCAGUCAGUGAAUCCAACACACCCUUACUGACUAACAUCAAACGGGACCAGAGCUUCACUACCUGGCUGGUGGCACUCAACACCACAUCUAGAGAAAAGAUCCUGCUCCACACCAUCAAGUGGAGAAUGAGGGUUGAUAUCAUAGUGGAUCCAUCCCUGCCUUUAGGUUCCAGAGCCAGGCUUGUCGGGCGACUGCACCAGGAUCAGCCACGGGUGCUUACUCGCAUGGAGCCCAUCCCUCACAAUGCCAUGGGGAAGCCAAAUGCCAAUGAUGCCCAGGUUUUGAUGUGGAGGCCGAGGAGAGGCCCUCCGCUUGUUGUCAUACCACCCAAAUAGAACAAUGAGAACAUCUGAUUGGACUUUUUUUUAGAUCACAUCACAGUAAGCCACAUUUAUAGUUAAACAGCUAACUAAAUAAGAUGUUGAGAGACUAAAGCAGACAGAUGGAGGUUGAAAAGCAGGCUGAGACUCAUAUUAACCGUUGAUGGUACAAAUCACAGUUACAAUCCUAAGGGGACAAUUGCCUUAAUUCCCCACCGCUGCCUUUGACGAUCCAGAAAGUGUUGGUCUCUGUUUUUGGUGCUGUUGAGUUGCUGAGUGUGUUGGAAUUUACUCCAACCCAGCACAUGCGAGCAAAGCUAUAAAACUUUCAGAAAG